UUGCUGGUAGUACACUAUCCCGCUAUAACUUUAAUUCAUUAACCAGUGACUGAACAAUGGAAGUUUCAUUUGUAAACAUGGUUCUUACUCACUUUAUCCCAUUUCCCAUAGUGAAUGCACAAUUGGUUGUCAGACAUUAAACUCUUUGAUUGUAGUUUACCAUUUAAUUGUAGAUUAAGGUAGUUCAUUUAAUCAAUAUCAAACAUAAUAAAUAGCCAACGACAAAAUAACCAGCUUCUUUCCAAAACUGAAUUCAAUUCUGGAAUCUCUCAAGGGAGGUCACGGAUUAUUUAAAAGGAAAUCACUUGAAAUAAUAAACAUUGUCUAAACAUAAAACAAUCAAGAAACAAUAUAAACUCAUCUAGGCUAAAGAAACAAACAUUUAGUACUGGAUUAAAACAUCUCCCUGAACUGAUUUAAAGUUAAGAUAAAGGCUAAAUUACCUGACUCUCCAAGGUGCGCCACCCCUUUACAUCUUAGAGCAUUGCUAUCCACAUAUGUAAUUUAAAGCUUUCUGGUAUAGCUAGCCACAUUUGAAAAGUAAAACAACCAAAACAGUGGCAUUAAGUAAUCUUUCAUUUGACCCAACAUAUCAAAAAUAUUGUCUUGACACGUAAUCAGUAUAAAGUUCAUUAAGGAGUCGGUCUUCAACAAUGCCUGUCGGCCACAUGGGAGUAGCUCCAUCGCCGCAGAUGGCCACCGCACUGGGCGCUGCCCCGCGGCGCCCACGGAUCUGGGAAGGAUCCGGUGCUUUAGCUCUCGGGCCGGUUGCGACCCAAGACGAUACGGCGGUGAAGGCAGGGAGGGAGGAAGCGGUGGAGGAAGCGGUGGAGCCGCCUGGACCUGCGCGUCUCGCUGCGGGCCGCAGGGCCCGGGGCGCCGCCGAGGGUCCGGCGCGGCCCGGCCGAGCCUCCGGGGGGCGCGCUCCCGCCCGCCACGGUGACGCAGCGGGCGCGAGGCCGGCGGGGGGGCUCGGGGGACGGGGGAGGACGGGAGGGAGGGCGGGCGGGGGGCGGGCGGCAGCGGCGCGCCCCGCCCCUCGGAGGGCCGGGCGCCGCGGUUCCGGAGGGCGGGGCGGGGCGCGCCGGGGACUCGCAGCGCCGGCCGCCGGUUUCGAUUAG